AUGCAUGACAUAGAGUGCAUGCUCUGUUUCCUAUGUAUUGGCAUUCUCUGGGGCCUUACACAGGCGAGGGCUAUUCCCGCUGAUUUGAUUUCGGCCAGGCAAGCGACAGAGUCUACAAGCUCAAGGAUUUUGAACGUCAGCGAUGGAACAGCCAGGGGAUUUCUGUGGUCAUCCAUCGGACUCGCUGUUCUAACGGCUCUCCUUCAAGGACUUGUCACUGCCCUUGCUUUGAUGACCGAAUCGUCUAAUCAGUGGACAUUUAGAUUUCGGUUGGCAAAGAUCGAGCACUGGUGGUGGACAACAGUGUCAGGGCUUCUCCUCAUAUCUUUGAUUCUCAUUAUUUUAUCAUUUGCGACAGGCAAUGGGAAUGAAUCAAUAUCUGUUCUGGUCCUCUCCUCCACGACAUUCCUGACGAUUGUGCGAUACAUGCUUCCUUCAUGGCGGGCUCGUCAUUACAUCUACAACCGCUGGCUUGCAUGGUCUGGGCCAAGCCGGACGGCCGUGAAGAUAGCCGAGAUGACAUACUGUGGCACGAUGGAUGACUGGCGAAAGCUAUCGAAGAUGACAGUGAUAGCGGAAGGCAAAAGUGUCCCCUCUGACUACUAUGGAUGGCAUUUGUUCCCCUUGAAGGGGAUUGCACAGGAUCCCACGGAUAUACUGAAAGACGUGAACACCACGGCGCUCCGACCAGGGACUUUAUCUAGGACAAUCGACUACAUUUACAACGACGGCUAUGACCAGGAUACUGUCUCGCUGCUCUGGGGUGCGGAAGCACAAGGCUUCCAACCCAGAGUUUCCCGAUCGGUCUCAGCAAUGACCUCAAGCCUUUUGCGGUCUCAACCCUUCACCAGUGAGGGCUAUGCUGGAGAAGGAUUCUGUCUUGCCAUGGGCAUUCUCGGACGCAAUAAAGGUCUCAAACCGGGAAAUAUUGUCUUCAAAAUGACCCGUGAUAUCUCGGGUAGUCUUGAGCAAAAGUCAGCUUGGCGUCCUCGGCCGUCAAAGACACUUCGAAGCUACUAUUGGAAAACACUUGAUGCUCAAUACCAUGGUCUCGGCGUCGAAUUUGUUGACGCGGCAGUUGAGUUGAGUCUCAUACUUAUGGAUGCAUAUGAGCCUGCUAUUGCUGCUUGGCUUCAGGCUGGAUGCGAGCAUCAGAGCUUUGAGAUCAACAAGACUUUGCAGUCCCUUAAGGCGACUCCCGCCGAGCUCCGCGCUCAUUACGAAUCCAGUUAUGUAUCCAUGAUAAUAUCCCUUAACAAUAUGAGGGAUAAGCAACUUGGUCGCAAAAACCAUGAGGUGGCUCAAGCAAAGCGACCAGACAUUAUCUGCCUUGCACUUCGACUUAAGGCUCUGGGUGUUGAAAACCCUCCACACUGGUGGAAUAGUCCCGAAAUCGACGGUUACCUUGCUGGUGAGCGACAACAUCUGGAUCAUGAUUGGUAUCAAGAUGCUGCAAAGUUACUGGGCCUUGCUGCAUAUCCUGAGGGGCUUGAAAAUGGACAUUGGAAUGGUACGCCUAAGCCACCAUCAGCUCCCGGUCAGUCUAAUGGCUCGGCCUCGGGCUUGAGCGACCCCACCACCAUCGCAGCAGUCCCAAGCCAGUCCAAUAUUGCGGUCGAAGAUCCCAUUACCGGUGACGUAGAGUUGAAGGAACUGACUAUGCCCCCGAAUGACAUCAAUGUGCAGGAAAUGAUCACUAGGAUUCGAUCUACAGAACAAGAUCGGGUUGUUACUGGUUCGGGAUAA